GCAUCUUAUCAUAUUGAAGAUGAGGUGAGCCCUCCUCUUGGAUUUCUCUUGCUCUUUUGGCCCUUCACUUUGGAUAUCCUUGGAUUAGAAAGCUACCCUUUCUCUAUAAACUUACCUCUUAUUUUUUAAAACCCACAAAAAAUAUCCCAACACAAAUAUCUUAACACAAAAAUAUCCUACCAAUUUCCUUGCAAUGAAUCCUCAAGACCACUUCCCUUGUUUGCAUUGCCACCCACAGGACUACAUCAGAAUGGUUCAACAUUUGAUUGAGAGAUGCCUGCUCUUUCACAUGAGCAGAGAUGACUGCAUCAAAGCGCUAGCAAAGUAUGCCGGUAUCAACCCAAUUGUCACUCUUACAGUUUGGAAAGAGUUACUUAAAGAGAACAAGGUCUUCUUUCAAGCAUAUUUCCAUGCUACUGCUCCAAGGCACUUCAGAAGAAAGCCAGCUGACAGGGGUUUUAAUUUCCGAAGAAGGAAGUAUUGCCGGUUAACAAGAAGAUUCAUGGCACAGAUGAACAGAAGGGUUCCUCGGAAAAAUGAUUAAGAUCUGCUCUUGAAGACUUGUUAUAGCAAAGCUGUUGACUAGAAUUUGUGUAAAAAGUUUGGCCCUGUAAUAUAUCAAGCAAAGAUAUUGAUCCAGGAGAUGAAACGAUUUCCAGUCCUGGUUAUUACUGAAAGAGAAGCUGCCACUGAAGGAUUAUGUCCUUUAAGAUAUUGAGUUUGUCACUUCCAUUUCAUAAGGGGGGUACUGAAUCAGCUGUAGCAGAUGGUUCAUUAUUUUGUCACAGCUAUUAUAGUUAUUAAUAUUGCUUGUAUAUUUGAAAAUAUGAAUUUCAGAAAAUGAGAUUCCCCUUUUACUACCUAUA